AUGGCUCUAGCCCCUAUCACACCCCCAUCACCACCACCAUCUGCGGGGCUCUACUCUCCAGACCGAUUGACAGCGGCGAUGGCCUCGAAAUCCGGUCGCUCUGGAGCCCCACCACGAAUUGAUCCCUCAAUUGCAAACAGGCUAGACAGCGCAUUCCUUCAACCGAACACGAACAUCCUAACUCCGGCAAGCAGCGUGGGAUCUCAUGCGCCAUCCCCUCUUUCAAUAUCAGCACCCCGUUCCCCACUGCAACCCUCACCCAGUGAACGAAUAUCACCAGACGAUGAAUCUGUUAUUAACCUGGACAACGUAUUUACGUUUCCAAUGCCGGGCAAUCGAUCGCCAGCUCGAGUGUCGACUCCAGGAUUGUCAGUUCAUGCAGCCUCCCGAUCUCCGGCGCCCUCACCAUCUCCACGCCUGGGCCUAGGAUUGGAUCUUGUACCAGAGAAUGUCCAGCUACCACCAAGUCCGCUUCCCCCACCAGCGGAGCACAACAACACAGGCCAUGAGCGCGGGGAUUCCUUGGUUAGCCAGAGCAGCUAUCGAACUUCACUGGCAAGUACGCGGUAUGGCAGCUCUACCGCAAGAUCUUCAACGAAUAGUUUCUCCCGAGGACUUCGUACAUUCAUUGACGAAACACCACCGCUGCCGCCAGCACCUCUUCGUACGCCAAACAAAAUUUCUUUCCCUCGAGACUCAAAUCUCUCAGUAAGCUCGUCUUAUGGGAGCGUUCGAGGUGAGACAUAUAGUGGGUUUGAUUUCGGUAUUACGACAGACAACUCCGCAACAUUGCACGACCUACCUGAAGAACAAUCUCCCGUGGACGAGUCCACAAAAAAUUUAGAACGCGGCUUAGAUCAAUUAUCGCAGAACCAUCUGCAUCCCGCCACCGCUGAUUCUGGACCUCAGCCCCUAAGGAAGAACUCGGAUGCUACUAGCGAAAGUGCUUUGUCAAUUACGAGCUUUGCACGGGCACUCGGACUAGAGAACGAUCUCCCCGAAUAUGACAGCUCUAUAUCGUCGGAUUCUUCACCUUCAGAGACGCGUAGCGGGAGCUCUAUGUCCAGUCUCCCAUCCGAUGUGAGUCUGAACCGACACAAGCCCGGUGAUCCGCUUAACCUCGGGCCCUUGGUCGAAGAGUUGCCCGCUCGAACGCGACAGACAAUACUCGAACUGCCUGGCCGUGAGAGAAGCACAUUUGAUGAAGUGCCACCCAUGCCGGCUGUCUUUUUCAGUCCGGAUUCUCCUACCGAUCCAGCUAUUGGACAAGGCAGCUUGUCUCUGAUUGCUGAGAAGCGUGAGGAACCACUGCAUGAGAUGCCACCCCAGGAGCCCCCAUCCCCGAAACCAGUCCAACGAUCAGCAACCGCACCGAUUCCUCGACCCCCAACUCGGUCGGAGACUCGAUCCAAGGGUGAGUGCAAAGGCUGUGGCGAAGCUAUAACUGGAAAGUCCAUUUCUUCAUCGGAUGGCCGUUUGACAGGCCGGUACCACCGCGGCUGCUUUGUCUGUUUUGAGUGCCAUUCUCCAUUCCAAACGGCAGACUUUUAUGUUUUGAAUAAUCGACCUUACUGUGCCCAACACUACCACGAACGAAAUGGGUCCUUGUGUUCCACCUGUCACACCGGAAUUGAAGGUCAAUAUCUGGAAACGGUGGAACCAAAUCCCAACAGGCCUGACCGACGCCGAUUUCACCCAAAUUGCUUACAGUGUCGUACUUGUCACAUAAUGUUGAAAGGCGAUUACUUUGAGUGGAAUGGAGAGGUCUAUUGUGAAAGAGAUGCGCGACGUGCAGCCGCCGCCUCCUACUACCCACCACCACCCGGCCGCCGACGGCCCACGAUUGGAUCUUCUCCCUUGGCCCAAUCCCGUGGAUAUCCUUCUCCAGGAACACAGCUGCCACCGCCUUCCCCCGGUCCUGGACAAGGCCUCCGACCAGGCCCACGUUUCCCUCCAGGUGGUUCUCGACGCUUCCCCGAGCGCCGAACUACCAAGCUUAUGAUGAUUUAA